GCGACCGCGUUCACAGUCGUUUCGCGGACCCCGCCGUCAGCACACGUUUGUACAGCAUCGCCGUUGUCAUGGGAGCGUUUCGCCGCCGCCGGUACUGCACGGCCGUAGUUCUCGCACUGCUGCCGCUGCUGACACUGGCCGAUCCGUCGGCUGCCACAUCGGCCAACGUCAGCGUCAGCGUCACCGGCAGCACCGUCAACUCUUGGCUGUUGCCGCGAAACCAAUUCCCGGUUUUCUACCGACUGUUCCGGGACAGGGUCACGUGGUUCGAAGCGGACGCCGUAUGCCAGUUUCAUCACGCGCAGUUGGCCACAGUGGAGACAAGCGAUCAGUACGAAGCGGUCCGGACGCACCUGAAACGACUGGACGCGGCCGAAAACGUUUGGAUUGGUUUGAAACGUAACAGCGACGCCGGCGAAUUUGCCUGGACCAAUUACCGGCCCCUGGCCAACGGCGGACGCUUUAGAGAAGAGAUUCCCCGCUCUCCAGAACCGCUAUGCGUCGUCACCGACCCGGCGGCCAAUUUCAAGUGGCACACCAUGCGUUGCGGAGGACCCGAAGUGGCGUCGUUUGUCUGCGAACUACCAGUGCCUUCGUGGGCCGCCAACAACAGCGGUUGCAUGACCGAUUCGGUCGAGACGCUGACGGUGGCGUUUCUGCCCGAACGGGCCGCGAUUGAGCUGACCAAACGGUGCGCCGGUGGUGUGUGGAAAAGCGCGGCUUGCAGAGGAAACACGAAGCGAUCUGAAAUUGUCGAAGCACUCAGCUGUCCGGGUCUCAAUAGAACGUCAUCGUCGUCUAAUGUCCGAAACGUAGUGCCGCUGAAACGCAUUACGACGGAAGAAACGGUCAAGACUAAAACUCAAAUCACCCAGGACACGGCAGACACGAUCGAAGACUACGCCAUCGAGAUGGCCACUAUGACCCAUUACAACGACGCCGAUGACAAGGCGUACCGGUCCGUUUCCAGAGCGACGGAUGGCGGUACGGCCGUGUUGCCACCCGCCGGACCGCUAUUCGACCGGGAUCUGGACACCAACGGCAUAGAACCCUCGUUAAUCGAACCAAUCGCUCCGUCGAGUACCACCAUCAUCACCACCAACACCACUAAUACAAUUCCUGCUACUAGUGCUAGUAUUACUGCUGCUGCUACUGUUACUACAACUACUACUGCUCAUGCUGCUAUUACUGCUACUACUACUACUUCUGCUACCACUACCGUAUCCAAUCGCACGUCGUCGACCACAGCCACUUCCAGUACGUCUACUUCUACAGCGGCUACGGUGUCGAUCGCUAAUCGCGUACCGUCGACUUCCGCGGCAAGCAAAUUCUCGCCACUAUUAUUGACAACGACGACCGCCAAAAAAACCAACGUUACCACCACUAGUGCUUCUGCUAUUGCAACUACUACUACUACUGCUACUGCAAUCACUACUACUACUGCUACAGUUACUGCUACUGCAUCUCCGGAUAUUAAUACAAUACUAGCCGGUACAAUGACCACCGCUUCUCCAAACGUUGAAACGACGUUCCGCACCGUUCCGCUGGUCGGGUCCGCCAAAAGAAAUCUCGUACGCGCCAUCACUGUCGACCCAACCGAUCCCGAGAUGUCUGCGACGACACGGCCCCCUUCACGGGUACCAUUCACCGUUGCGACCGCGACUGUUGUUAAUACUACCGUCGCCGGAUCUUCGACCUUUGCUGGCACGCCGAAAAAUCAAACUGCCGAUAACGUGCCGGCGAUUCGCGUUUACAAGAAAAUCGAUUUGCCCCAGAUUCCCGUCGAAUACGACCGCCGUCCGGGCCCAACCGGAACGUCGAUGGCGGCGGCGAGCAGCACUCCGAACGCCUCUCGGACCGUCAUCGCUACCGCCGUCGUUGCCGGUGUUGAUGUUACGGCUACUGCCGCUGCUAUUACGCAACAUGACGACAGGUCGACGACGGAAACAUUUACCGAAGGAACAACGACUACUACUACUACUAUUAUGACAACACCGUCGCCUCGAACCACCGCCGCCGUCAAGCGUCACGGACUCGACUACGAAGCGUACACCGCGGACGGUCCAAGACGCGGUCGCCACGCGAUCCGUUCCGUUCGGCAGCUGCAGCAGCAACGGCAACAGCAACAACAACACCACUACGCCUAUCCGUACGUCCUGUACAGGCUUCUGGGAUAGACCCGACGGAAUUCAAAUUAAAUGUCGAGUUGUUGUUGUUUUUUUUUUCUUCGUUUUUUCUUGUCCUAAAUUUAUUUCCAACGCCAUUGCGAAACGUUAACGCAACAAUACUACUACUACUACUAUUAUUAUAACUAUUACUACUAUAAUAACUAUAAUAAUUACGUAUUAAGUAACAAGAAUAGUGUUGUUGUUUUUUAAUAUCGGCUUCUACUUUGUUCGCAAAUGUCUUAAGAUUAACAUUUAUUUCGCGAGUCAUUUGAGACCGUAUAUUGUUUAGUGUAAAAUUUUAUAGUAAUUAUUUUAUAAGUAAUAAGUUCGAGCGCAACAAUUACCAUCUCGGAAUCGUUGUCGUUCGAGUUUAAAUGUUCGUGUUUAUAACUCUAUUAGAUUGUAAUAACAGUUGUGUACGGCGGCCAUUUGUAGCUUUAUAAAAAAAAAUACAACACUCUUCACUGUA